AUGACCAGCCGUCCUCAGAAGUCACGGAAGCUCUCUGCCUCAUCGACCCCUACAAGCUCUUAUGACAAGGGAAAGGACCCAAAUCGUAGCAUUUCUGGUGACGGUCCUAUCAUCAGACAGCCUGAAGAAAGCCAUGUUGUGGGCCAUGCUUCUUCAUCUGAGAGCUCUGAUGACAGUGAUUCAGACGAUAGCGACUUGCAGGAAAUCACUUAUGAGGAUAUGCUUAAAGAGCAAAAAGAUAGUGACGAUAAUGUUGAAGACAAGAACAAUGGGACCAAAACCGUUGACGGUAACCUCUUGCCCUUCGGAAUGUCUGACAUUCAAGAAGCCCGGACUUUUUUGAAAAUCGAGGGCAGCAUGAUGUUUUUGGAUAAAUAUUUACCAGCAAGGGCCACGGGCGAAGACAUUGUCAAACUCACCAUGUUAUUGGGAUAUUAUCCUCAGGACAUUAAAGACUACAACAACGAAAAUAACUUGGUGAAGGUGAUCAAGAACUUGCAAAAAGCUAUGAAUAAAGUUUUGAGCAUGAGGGCAAGAUUGACAGGUUUCAAUACCAUUGAUGAGGCCGCAGAGAAAAUCAAAUCCAGUAAAAACAUUUUGGUGUUGACUGGGGCAGGGAUUUCCACCUCCUUGGGAAUUCCUGAUUUCAGAUCUUCCAAAGGUUUUUAUUCGAUGUUAUCUGACAUGAAUUUAUCUGAUCCUCAAGAAGUUUUCGAUUUGAAUACUUUCAGAGAAGAUCCGUCGAUUUUUUAUUCCAUCGCUCAUAUGGUGUUGCCUCCUGAAGACAAAUAUACUCCACUACAUGCAUUCAUCAAGCUAUUACAGGAUAAAAAUAAGCUACUCCGGAACUAUACCCAGAAUAUCGAUAACCUUGAAGGGGUUGCCGGCAUAUCUCCUGAUAAAAUUAUCCAGUGUCACGGGAGUUUUGCUACCGCAACAUGUCGAACUUGCAAAUUUAAAGUUCCAGGAAAUAAGAUAUUCCCGGAGAUCAGAAACAAAGAAUUACCGAUUUGUCCAAAUUGCAGUGUCAAAAGAAAACGGUUAGCAGAUAACGACAAAUUAGGAUAUGAUCUAUCGUAUGGUGUUAUGAAACCCGACAUCACAUUUUUCGGAGAGGACUUGCCCCAAAGAUUCCACGAAAGUAUAAAACGGGAUAUUAGGGACUGUGAUUUGUUGAUCUGCGUGGGAACAUCGUUGAAGGUUGCCCCGGUGAGCGAGAUCGUGAACAAAGUUCCCGAGAGCGUUCCCCAAAUUUUAAUUAACAAAGACCCAGUUACCCAUUGCGAAUUUGAUGUGUCGCUACUUGGUUAUUGUGACCAAGUAGCCAGCUAUCUCUGCAAAAAAAUGAAUUGGAAACUACCUCAUGAUGAUUUCAAUACUAUUGCAAAUAGUGGCUUGGAAUGUGCAGAUUAUGAUAAAGGAAGUGGGAUGUAUGUCAUCACCAAUAAAAAGCAAAGAGAUGAAGAAGCGGCAAAGGCACAGGAGGAAAAAUCUUCUCAAGACUCAGAAGAAAAUGACAAAUAA